ACUGCCUUUAGUUUGGGGAGAUAUUAAAUUUUAAAGUGAAACCUUCCUUUGCCCAAUACACAUACAUGCACAGAUGCUGGAAAAAAAUUGCAUCCAGACCUUAUUUUCUUCUUUUCUAAUGGCAAUGCUAUGGCUUAUCUAGGUGCUUCACCAACAUCCUAUAAUGUCUGUACCAUCAUCUUCUGAUGCUGUGUCAUCAACUCUUUCUGGUCAUUCUCUGUUUCCACUGUUGAAUUCAGUUUUGCAGACAAAUAUUCUUCAGAGGGAUACUAUUCUUACUCUAAUGAAGCAAGUUUGUGGUUGCGACAAUUCAGCCAACCGCGCCACUGAUGGAGGAUCCACACUGGCACAAUUAGGUUCCACAGAGAGAUCUUUGCUAGAAGCUGCACAUGACAGGGAGAAAGAGUUACUUCAUGAAAUAACGGAGUUGCAGUGGAGGCUAGUAUGUGCUCAAGACGAACUCCAAAAAUAUAGAACAGAAAAUGCUCAGGUAUGAUUUCAUUAUUGAACUCGAAGCUGGGCGAAAUUGCAACAAUUUGUUACUCAAAACGAAGUUAAAAAGAGUGGAAGGAAAAUACAGAAUGAAGAAGAGAGACAUUAUUAAACAUUGUUAGCUCAUUAUUAUUUGUAGCAUAGAUUUGUUUUGUUAUGCAUUAGGCAGGAUAAACAAAACCCAUAUUAGUAUUACCCAACUUGUGCAGAUUAAGCAAUGAUACUAUAAGUUGUACAUGAAUAAUAUUAUCCUUUCCAAGCCAGCUUGGGAGUUGUAAAUAUGACCUUUAAGCUUAAUAGUAGGCAUAUUCUCUA